AUGGGUGUGGCACCAGGAAGCAAGGCAGAGAGAAAAGCUGCAUUAGAUGCUGGAGCAUGGAUGUUCAAUGUUGUGACAUCUGUUGGUAUAAUCAUGGCCAACAAGGCCUUAAUGGCUACACAUGGUUUUAGUUUUGCUACAACGUUAACUGGGCUGCAUUUCCUAACCACGACCUUGAUGACAUCAGUAAUGAAAUGGUUGGGAUAUAUUCAGCCAUCCUACUUACCAUUGCCAGAACUAGUAAAAUUUGUCUUCUUUGCAAACUUAUCAAUUGUUGGGAUGAAUGUUAGCUUGAUGUGGAACUCUGUUGGAUUCUAUCAGAUUGCCAAGUUGUGUAUCAUUCCAGUUUUGUGUUUUCUAGAAAUCCUCUUUGACAAAGUUCGUUACUCAAGAGAUACAAAGCUCAGUAUAAUGCUUGUCCUAGUUGGCGUUGCUGUGUGUACUGUAACUGAUGUUAGUGUGAACUCUCAAGGGUUGAUAGCUGCAAUAAUAGCAGUCUGGAGCACUGCACUACAACAGCAUUAUGUUCAUCAUCUUCAACGGAAGUACUCGCUUGGCUCAUUCAACCUCUUGGGUCAUACUGCUCCUGCUCAGGCAGCGUCGUUGUUAAUACUUGGUCCUUUUGUGGAUUUAUGGUUGACUGACAAAAGAGUUGAUACUUUUGAUUAUACCAUGGUAGUUACGUUCUUCAUUGUAUUGUCGUGCAUAAUUGCUGUUGGUACCAAUCUAAGCCAGUUCAUAUGCAUCGGACGAUUCACAGCUGUCUCGUUUCAAGUUCUAGGCCACAUGAAGACUAUUCUUGUGCUGACCCUGGGUUUUUUCUUCUUCGGGAAAGAGGGCCUUAAUUUCCAUGUCGCACUCGGCAUGACCAUAGCUGUUAUUGGCAUGAUUUGGUAUGGGUAUGCGUCGUCCAAACCAGGAGGCAAAGAGCGGCAGGUUUACAUACCAAUCAGCGAGAAAACACAGAAGCACGGCAUACUGUCAUCGCAGUCUGAGCUUGAUCUGAAAGUCUGA